AGGAUAUUAAACGUUGGUGGAGCAGUUUUAAUGGCAUUCGCUCAGAGAGGCACUGAGUGGCUGUUAUUUCCGGGGGCCGCCUUCCACCUUCUGGGGGGUAACAUGUACACUGUAACUGGGAUGCAGAUGCCCCAGUUGUUUCCCUCCAGAAAGAAUACCCUGGGGACCCUGAUGUCUGGGGUAUGUGGCAUGAGCACGUUUACCUUUGUACUAGUCAAGAUCGCUUAUGAUAAUCACAUAUCUCACAAGGCGUCUUUACUCUGUCUUGCCGGUGUCUCGUUUGUUAUUAGCACGGUCACGACGAUUGUCCUUCCUCCAAGAGAGAAGAAAGGAAGGGACAAUGACAAGGAAAAACUUCAGAAGGAAUUGGAUUAUGUACCAAGUUCAUUAGCAGACCAUAAAAAACACACCAUCGACAGGAAUGGUCCCGUUUUCGUCGUUGCACUUACGUGUAAAAAUCACGAAGAGACGAAAGCUAGCGGGAUUCAUGACGGUGUUGCAGAUAAUAAAAAAACCGAAUCAAAUGGCGAAAUUACUGAGAAAGGAGAAGGAUCAACAAUCAUUGGCGAGUUAGCAAGACAAAACAGCACUGUGGAGUUGCUGUCAAAAGAUAGCUUUGCGUCCCUGGAAGCGGUUGCCGUGUCUUCACCUGCAGAUAGGACAGGACACACAAAGACGUUCGGAGACAUCUUACGCAGCCCCAUAUUUUGGAUGACUGAAAUCUGGUUCGUGUGUAAUGUACUGCUGGGAGUGGCAUAUUUUGGCGGUUUCAAUGCGAUGGUCGUGUUCAGGAACACUGGGGAAAGCCACCGGACAAUCAGUCUGUACACAGAUGUGUUUGGCUAUCUGCAACUGGCAGGAGGCAUACCAUUGGCGUUAUUAACAGGGUUUCUUAUUGAGCGUUCCAGUCGAAAACAAAGUAGUGUCGCCAAAGAGGCCGAGCCGAAAGCGUUCCUGUUCUCGUUCCUAGUAACUAGCACUGCAGGGUUACUUGUAUGGGUCUCCUGCGUGAUACCGGUGCUGGAGAUGCAGUUUACCGCCAUGGCGUUCCACUGCAUUCUUGGAACUUUUACCUACGCCACACAUAUAGCUUUUAUUGCCUUUGCGUAA